AUGGAUCAGAAUCAACCAAAAAAAGCUAUCAAAAGGGCGUAUUGUAAAAAGAUUAAGCCUCAAACGGUGAUUAGAUCUGAAAGUGAAAAAAUAAGACAAUUGUUAUAAAUAAUAGAGGAUAAUAAAGGAGUGGCAAACCUGGAUAAAUAGGUGGCUAUGGCCUCGUAAUUAAAGAAUGUGUCUGAAUAGCAAUAGAGUUCUCAAACAUAAUAAAGUGAGAAAAACACUUAAAAUGCAAUUCCAACUUAGACCUUGGCGUAGCCUAGCACGGAACAACCAAACAAAUAAACAUUUGAAAUAAAAAUAAUAAAGAAGGCAUAGCCAUAGGAGUUGAUUAGUGAAACUCAAAAGAAGAAAUUGAAACCCGAUGAAAAUUAUGAAUAAAGAUUUUGUCAAAUGAAAUGCGAAUUACAAAGCUUUCUAAGUUAUUGGAUCAUGAAGCUUAAGUCUUAAGUCACUGACACAUAAUAGAUGGUGGAACAAUUGGAGAAGUUUAAAUUAUGA